AGACGAUCCAAUCGCUGGGUAACCUGGUCAGCUCCCGGUCAUCGCAACAGGAGUGCAAGGAAGUGUUCACCGUCGAGCUGUACAAGAAGUUCUGCACAAGGCAGCAUGUUGAUGCGGUAAAGCACUUUCUAGAGGUGAUCUCCACGCCCAGCCAGGCGAGCAGCAGCGUUCAUCCGGCGGCGUCGGCGACGCCACUGCAACCAGUAUUACUUACAGAGGGCCCGCCGACAAGCUAAACAAGGCCAUCAUCGAGUUCACCCUCAGCUGUGCUGGCUACUGCGUGGCCACCUAUGUGCUCGGAGUGGCCGAUCGGCACUCGGACAAUAUAAUGGUCAAAAGAAAUGGACAGCUCUUUCACAUCGAUUUUGGCCACAUCCUGGGCCAUUUCAAGGAAAAGUUUGGAGUCCGUCGGGAACGAGUGCCCUUCGUGUUGACCCAUGAUUUUGUGUACGUGAUCAACAAGGGUUUCAAUGACCGCGAGUCAAAAGAGUUUUGUCACUUUCAGGAAUUGUGCGAGCGCGGCAUGGCCGAUGUGGAGGUGUCGUUUGCGGAAGCCCAACAGACGCAGUCUCUUUCGAAGAGCAUCGAUCUGGACCAGCACACACUGCCGCACCACCAGCACCUGCCGCACCACCACAACAGCCACCACAGCAACCAGCAGCGGGCGCAUCUGAACGAUUACAAGGAGAAUAGCGAACUGUGCAACAUUCAGCGGGCGGCGGCCUCUUCCUUGGAAGUUACACGGGAGAUUCGUUGGCGUGACCAUCAAAGUGCCAGCCUGUGUGGAUCUCGCCAAGAAGCAGGGCACCUGCGAUCCUUUUGUGGUCUGCACCGCCCACUACAGCAACAAGCAGCAGGUGACGCGACGGACCAAGCAGCGCAAGAAGACCAUUGA